UGGAGCUCAAACAUGGGCUAAAUUCACAUAUCUUUGUCAGCCCUUCCCAUAAGUUUGUUCUCCAAGUUUCUGCCUCUCUCUUCCAUGAUCCACUCUUACUACAAUCUCCUUUAAGUCAAUUUAGGCUUACUCUUGUAUUGCAAUCUUGAAAUGAAACAACUUGAUUAAUUCUUUCUACCAUUUUGGGUCAAAUAUUUGAGGAAAAAAACUGAUAUAUUUUUCACAUUUAAAUUUUCUGAUGGAUCUUAGUAGCCAUAAACUCUAUGCCCAUGAAUCACAAACUCUAUCUCCCUUCACAAAUUCACCAACCUCGCCAUUGCAUUCAUCUCACAAUAAUUUUCCCAUUAUAGCAGCUGCCAUUAUCGGCAUUUUUGCCAUUACUAUUUUGCUGCUCAGCUAUUACAUCUUUGUCACCAAAUGCUUCUUUAACUUGCAUCAAAUCAAUAUCCUUACGCGUUUUUCUGUAUCCAGAAGGCAACAUUUUGAAGAUCUUUCAACAUUUUACUCUCCAGAAGUCGAAAAAAGAGGUCUAGAUGAGGCUGCAAUUAGAUCAAUCCCAUUAUUUCAAUACAGAAAUAAUAUAGGAAAGGAUAAACUUGCAGAAGGAUGCUAUACGGAUUGCGUGGUUUGCCUGAAUGAAUUUCAAGAAGAUGAGAAGCUAAGAAUCAUUCCAAAUUGUGGCCAUGUUUUUCAUAUAGAUUGUUUAGACAUUUGGCUUCAAAAGAAUACUAAUUGCCCUCUAUGUAGAACAAGCAUUUCAUCCACCAAAAUGAUUCCACUUUGUGAUCAAAUUCUUCCUCUAAACACUCCUCCUCAAGACUGUAUCGUCAUUGAAAUAAACGAAUUAUCAUCCAUUUCUCCUUCACCAAGAAAAUUAGAGCCAAAAAUACAUCGAAAAGUGAGCAGAAAAUUGAGUCAUGUUUCCAGCAUGGGAGAUGAAUGCAUUAACAGCAGAAAGAAAGAAGAACAGUUUAGAGUUGAACCAAUAAGAAGAUCUUUUUCCAUGGAUUCAGCAGCUGAUAGGCAGCUAUAUUUAUCUAUUCAACAAAUAAUAAAGCAGCAAAGUGAGGUAGCUGAUGAAGGUUGCAGUAGCAGAGUGAAAAGAUCAUUCUUUUCUUUUGGUCAAGGAUGGGCUUCAAGAAAUACGGUUCUAACCUUGGACCAGUAGGGCUACAACAGUAUCGUUGUUUUUUUUUUUUUAAGAUAGAAAUAGGGGUGUCUUAGAUUUAUGUAAUUUUUAUACAUUUUGGAAUUCGAUACAUCUAGUUGCUGAAAAGAUACAAUUUAUUCAAAUCUUUGCAACUCU